UAUUUAAUUUCUCAGUAAUUUAAUUGUUAAUUCUAUUUUUAUGUUCUUUCUUUUUUAAAUCACUUUUUUCUCAUGUCAAUUGUUUUAUCCUACAAACUUGUAGAUCACAUGACACAUGAGAAUGCAAUUUGCAAAACCUGUCUAUUAAUAUAUUCAUUUUUCCCCUUCUUUAUUUCUUUUGCAUAAAUAAUUAUUCGCCAUAUUUCAUAUAGAUGACCGGUAGAAGGAUAAGUCAGAAGAAGAAAUAGAAAUUUAAAUCUGUUAAAAGAAUAUCACAUUACUUUUAUCACAAUGGCGUUAUCAAGAAUAAAUCGUUGUCCUGACUUGUUAACAAUGUUUAAUCGCAACUUGCAACCAAUUGGUAUAACAAGUUAUCCUAUGAAAACAACAUUUCAAUGGAAACGUGAAAUGGUACCAUCAAAAACUCAAAUGAAGAUUUUACACGUAACUAAUAUACGUCGUUAUCCUGAUGCACCAACUAUACCACUUCCAAAUAACGUUUCGGAAAUAUUUGCAAACGAGACUGGCCGAUUUACUCCAGAACGAGCAAGGGACAUUGCAAGUCCUAUUUUGAUUUAUGGUGCUAACAAAGUCACCGCAAACAAUUCAUUAAAGUUCUCGUCUUUUAACGGCAAGAAUGAAACGUUCAAUGGAAAACAAAAUUUGACUAUUGUUCGUGAAAACAUGCACGUUGAUUCGUACGAUUGUACAGGCACAGUCAGUUUAAAUGGUAGCAUGCAAAGUAAUGUACCUAAACCUUUCUGUUCAACUGGUAAAUCAACUCAUUUCAAUAUGCCAGGUGGACAAUGGGCUAAAGAUAGCAAAUACAUUGCUGAAGAUAUGCAAAAAUCAAAUUACAAGUUAUCCAGUACUAAUAUCUUAUUUUCUAAUCCAGUUAAAAAUGGUAUCACGAACGAAGCCAUUUUGAUGAGUAUGCUUGGUAAUAAAUUAUUACAUCCGAUUUAUAUAAAUCAUAUGAGAUACUCGACGAAUAGACCGACAACAACGAAUAAUACUACAAAUACGGAGAAUGAAAUUAAAAAGAAAAUAGUACAGAGUAGAAAAGAAAGAUUCAAAAUGAUCGUAAAGGAUUAUGGAAAAGUUAUUGUAAUAUUUCACAUAGCCAUUUCAUUAGCUUCACUUGGAUUCUUUUAUACCGCUGUUGUUAGUGGAAUAGAUCUAAUGCCUUAUUUGGAAAAAGUCAUUAAUACCGAAAACGACAAAAUAAUACAAAUUAUGAAUAAUUCGUCCGGAUUUUUAUUGGCAUAUGGUAUUCAUAAAAUGUUUGCGCCAAUAAGAUUAUCGAUUACUUGCGGUGUAGCACCAUGGCUUGUUUUAUACUUACGAAAAAAGGGUAUUAUGAAAACACCAAAGCCAAAAUAAAUAGAAUAGAAAGUAUCGUUUAAAAUUUAAAGAAAUAAUAAUAGUUCUCUACGAUGUUUAUACAUAAGUAUCGACGGCUUUAUUAAGUUUUGGACAUAUAAAAUUAAAACUUCCAUGAGUAUUGUAUAACAUGCAUGCAAUGCCAUGUGAUUUUCGUUCGAAUAGGAACGAAAUAAAGUUUUUGUACCUCUGCGAAUAAAUAUCGCACAUAUUCUUCUCAAGUGUAAAUGGAUGUUAUAAAUUUUUGUAUCCGUAUAAAAAUUGAUUUUAUAUUAAAUAUAUAUAUAUAUAUAUAUAUAUA